AGCAGUAAACCCGGCUAGCGUCGACGUCACGACGAGAGCGGGCAGGAAAGAAAAAGGAGAGAAAAUAAUAACCAGCUGUCACGGCUGCGUGGAACUCGCUGUCUCUCUCUCUCUCUCGAAAUAUCAAUUUUUUGGGAGCAUACAAUACACAACGCAAAUUCUUUCACUAUUGGAUUCUCACACGCGUAACUCGAAAAAAGCCCUCUUUGUUGUUUAAUGUAAUUAGCCAACUGGGAAGUAACUCGCACAUGUAAUACAACUUAAUCGGCAGGAGAGCUCCCAUUUUGCGGUUUUUAUGCCUUUUUUUUCUGCACGCCAAGAGAAGAGAAUAGAAACCCCCGACUUUGCAGACGUCUUCGUCUUCGUCUUCGUCUUGUUUCAUUUUUGUGUUCUUUCUGCGGAUUCUCUCGCUCCGUUCACAGCUUCGGUAAGGCACCGUUUUUUUCUCUUCCCCUUUGUUCCUUUCUUCUUCUCGAUUCUAUUCAUUCCGUUGUACGAAAGCGGUCGACGUCGGUAGGUGCUGUCUCGCGGGAGGUACACCAUCUACCACGGCGACAACGCCGGUACCCCGCAUUCUCUUUUUGUUGUUUUUUUGUUCUUGUCUGUCUCACUCUUUGCGCUUCUCGCUCCGUUCACAGCUUCGGUAAGGCACCGUACUUUUCUCCUCCGUUCUGUCGUUGGCCGUCAUUUGUUGCUGAACGACAGGCCGAUUGUAGAUACAUAUAUAUUUGUAAACAAAUCCGAGAGAGAGGAAGAGUUGAGAAUGUGGGAAUCGUUGCCACCUGUGGUGUCUCCGUCCGCCACCCCAGCAGACGAGCUGACGGGGGUCUCAGUCGCGACGAAUUUGACUGGAAUAAUGGGCGGGUCGGGCCCUGAAGCGGGACCGAGGGCGUACGUUCUUUCCCCGCCACCGCCUCUCUCCAGAAAUGCCGGCAACAACAGCGGCCGACUUCGUGGGACGACAAGCGCGCCGGCCAUGCCAGUCGUCAUACCAGAGCUAACGGCGUCACCGACAGCAGCGACGAUAGCGGCGGUGCGUACGGCAAACAGCAAUCCGUUUGCCACGCCGCGGGAGGUCUCGCUGACGUCCUUCAAUGCUGGAGGCGGUGGCCACGACUUGAGUGCACGGUCGAGCUUAAACGGUGCCCUGCCUGCCGCGCCGCCUUUCCCACACCCCGGGAGUCUAUUGCCGCUGUCGUUUUCGGCGGCCACAGCGGAGGGCAGUCGAGGCAACUCCGUCACAACGGCAGCCACUAUUGCAAACACGCCCAUCGACUCUGCCGGCGGCAGACCCGCAGUGAGAGAUUCUUUGGUUACACCGCUCAGCUCCUCCACUGCCCUGCCACCGGCUGCGCAAACACAUGCACUUUUUCCCUUUUCUGUGCAGCACGCUGUCUCGUGUCCACCGUCGUCAUCGCAGAUGCCGUCAACCUCUCACCUCUCUUCCUCUGCUGCUGCUGGUGGCCGCCCGCAGCACCUUUCAGAGGUUUCCCCGCUCCCCCCAUCGCCCGCGACGUCGCACGUUUCAUCCGCGCUGCACCACGCUACCGCGUCCAAUGACGAUACCGUCCCCGCUGCACUAACCCGUGGUGCCUCCCCGCGAUACCCCCGAGCGAGCGAGGACCCGCUAGCGCAAGCCGCUUCGCCGCAGAACAUGUCGGAGGUGAACGCGUCGUGGCGGAGCCCGGGCUCCAUCACACUCAACAGCGCUCGGUCCACGAAGGAUGCAUCCUCACUUUAUUUCUCGCCUACCACGGCGGAGUACGCGGGAGACGCAAGAAAUGUUUGCGGUGGUGGCGGUAGUGGCUCAAGUGGCUUUGCGGGUCGUGGCGACUCCUUCACCUCCUCUUCUUCCGCCGCCGCUGCUGCUGGCCGAUACAGUAGCCACAGUCACAACGCCCCGAUCGCUGCGGCGACAGCAGCGGUUGGACCCCGUUUAAUGCCUUUACCGGGGGACGCCGGUGCUCUUGCGUCUGCUGCGUCCUUCCCACGGCCCCCACAAGUCACCUUCCCACCCAUGCUCUACGCUGAAGCGAGGCCAGGCAUGGCGCCUGCGCCAGCAUCUAUUACCAACGCAGCACCAGCAGGAGCAGCAGCAGCAAACUUCGCGCCGUCGUCGCGUGCGGCACCCGCCUCUACGCGGUCGUCUUUUCUGGCCACUCCUUCACCUUCCGCCUCCGCGGCUGCGGCUGCCGGGGAGGUGCGUUGCAGCAACAACACCACGACGGCGAGCGGCGUCUCGUUGACCUUCGCUUCGCCGGCCUUUGAGGCCGUAGGAGGUGCGGCGCACGUCGAAUUUGUCUCGAUGCUGAGAAAUGUCGGUGCGAUGCCGGUGGGCUUAGCAGCGGCGACGCAGCCACAUAAUAGCUCCCCAUUGGGGCCGGCCAUCUCGUUCUCCCCACCGCCUCGGCACACGGUACAGGGGCUGCCGCCUUCGCCGUCCACCGUACCGGCGGGGGCAAACAACAUAGGCAGAGCAGGCACCUUGCCAGAGCCGACCUCUUCCACUUCCACCUCCGCCGCCGCCAUUGUUCUGGCUUCCCAGGCUUCCCAAAGCGCAGCGGCUCGUCCACCGCUUGAACGAGGCGGGUCGGGCAGCGUGCGCGCGGUCAGGGCGGCGUCGAGCUCCGCGACGUCACCACCACCACCACCACCACCACCACCUGCCGCGUCCCCUGCGUCCCCCGCCUCCACCACAUCCGCGACGUCACGUGACACCCAUCAUCGAUACGCCGUUCCGUUGGGUGCGAGUGGAAGGGGCAUGGGCUGGGGCGGAGAGGCGGUGGCACCUGCGCCUCGAAUGCCAACGCCGAACACCACCGCCGCUGCCGCCGCCGCCGGACACACCCCGCCGUUUUCUUCGUCCAGCUCGCAUGUGGCGUACGCAUCGCCCUUCACGACGACGCCCGAUGCGGAGGUCGCCGGCGACCACCACGUAAACGCUGGCGCUGCGCAUCCUCACAUCAUACCCCCUCCACCGCACGCGAGGUUCCCCCCACAACAGAACAUGCAGCUCUCGUUUACGCAGAUGGGUGGCAGCAGCAGCAGCAACGCCUUUCGCCGCGCUAUCGACACCCCCACGGACGGCUUCGACGCACAGCAAGACGGCUCCGUCGAUCACAACCAAAGCUUCUACUUUGGCACGACGGGCAAUGACAACCUCCGACGCAGUUUUUUCUUUCCUCCCACUGCACAUCCGUCGAAGGGCGAGCGCGACGACGGCGCGGAGCAGCACGCUGGCGAUGGCGCCGCCGGGCCCGGCUUUGAGCACAGCGCGCACCUGCGGCACCCCGAGCCGUUGGUUCCCCCCCGCGUCAGCUCCGUAUCGCGACCCAGCGUAUCCGCUGCCGCUACAACGCGGUCGACCACGCAGAGUGCAGACGCCGCCCCGAUUGAGACAACCGACGGUGACGAGCACUACUGCUCCCCCGCGCAGUACUGCGUGGAGGCCUUCCCGUCCGGCUCGCCGUCGCAGCAGCAGCAGUCGCAAUUCAUUCCCCCGCAGCUGUUACUGCAACACACAUCCAAACGAGGCGAACAAUCAUUCUCUCCGGGAUCCUCCUCCCAGUUGCAACGCAGUUGGGACGAAGAGCCCCCGCGUAGUACGGCGACCGAGGGAUGGGGCGGCGGUGGUGGUGGUGCGAGUGCCAGCGGCCGGCUUUCUCUCGUUGCCCCUCGUGCCUCCUUCUCCACCGCGUCUCACCACACUCGAACCUCUCCGGUGGUGGGUGGCAGCAGCAGCAACAAUCUGAAGGGCAACGUCGGCACGCGUGCGGGGAGUUCGGCGGACAGUCCGCACAGUGGGACGAUUAACGCGUCGUUUAUCUCGCCCACACUGGCGAACUCGAUGGUGCAGCACCGCUUUGAGGACUCCACGGCCAGCGCAUCCGGCACGAGCUUCAGCCUGCCGGAGGGCAGCACGUACAUGUCCGGCCGGGUGGCGGCGGCGGCGGCGGCAACCAAGGGCACCAAUCUAACAAUCUCUCCGCGCGCAUCAGCUUCCGCCUUUCCAGUGUCAUCGAGCGCCUCGCUGCCGUGCACGGCGCAGAAGGUCGCACCGGUACCCGCUUACAUCCUGGACUGGGAGCGCAGCUUAAUCGCUUUUCAGCAUCGCGCCGAGAGCUAUUACACCUUCAAGAACUUAUGCACCGAGACGUACCUCACCUUGAUCGAGCACGACGUGGAUCGCUUCCUUGUCUGCUACUACAGCGGCGGUGCAGUGAGGCCGGAGGAGGCGGUGCUGGAGGCACUGGCGACCCGUGCAGGGACUCCCGCGGGCGUCUCCUCGCGUGUGCUGAGCAGCACGGCGGGGAAUGGCGCGCAGGGAGGCGGUCCUGCGAAGAGUGGUUCAACGAACACAACGCUGCACAAGUUCCGUGAGGCGGGAUCGAAGUGGCUGAAGAACUUCAAGCGGGCAGCGCUGGCGCCGGUGCCGGUGUGGGGAGACCCGAAGACGCCGUCCUCCAGCGUUGGCAGCGUCACCCCGCUGCGUGGUGGUCGCAGUCUCGCCAGCAGCGUCAGCAGCACUGCUGGAAACAGCCGCGCCCCUACCCAGCCGCCACAGCCGUCUCUCACGCUGGAUGCGACGGCGCAGUCCGCAACGGCUGGCUCAGAUGAAUGGUGGAUGAUCACCGACGUAGCGGCCUCCGCCGGCGAGAACGUCAACACGAACAGCAUUGCAAGCGGGGAGCCGACGUACGCUGCGGGGAUGCAGCCAGUGUCCAAAGACGCCGGUGGUGUCUACUGCGCUCCCAACAUCGAGACCACCUCGACCGACGUGGCGCCGCUGCUGGACCGCCAGCUCAGUUCCAGUGGGAAGUCCUUCACGACCACCUCGACGCUGUCUGAUGCGCUAUCGAACACGUCAUCCGCCGGCGGCGUGGCCGGGAGCGCCUCCCAGAAGCUUCCGCGCUCCCGUCUCUCCUACAACAUUGCGGCCGAGGAGGAGCUGCGGUGUCUGCGGCAGCUCGGGCCCUACGUGGCAAAUGUAAUCGAGGAGACGUACAUGGAUGUGCGGCCCAGCGAGCAAGUCCUGCAGCACGUCCGGCGCAACUACCCGAUCAUUCUAAAUGCCCUGCGACACGUGCUGAUGAUGAGCGGCAUCGAUCCGGCGCCGCCGUCGGACACGCCGACACGGCAAGCGCGAUACGCUGCAUCCCUGUCCGGCAGCAGCGCGGUCGCGGAGGCGGCCAACAUGCUCAUUGCCAGCCGCAUCCGACAAGGUCUGCUCCUGCCUUCCAUCCAGGCCACCUGGCGCGACUACCUGUCACCACUCGAGAUGAAGGUAAAGGAGUUGGUACUGAUUGCGACGACCAACAUCGAUCCCAUCCUGUAUGAGCUCCAAUCUGUGCCAAUGGACGGCAUCACGACGGCCGAGAUGAGCGCUUCCACCUUGGCAGACCUCGAAGCACGUCAGCGGCUGUGCGUCUUGCGUGAACAGCCGGUUCGUCGUCUGGCGCGGCUGUUGCGCGGGGACGAGGAGUAUUUGGCCUCCAUCCACACCAUGGAUGACGAGUUUGUGGAGAACGGUGCGGCGUGGCGGUGGCGCAGUGAGGCGAUGCGGAGUGCCGGUGCUGCGCUGUCGGACUACGUCCCCGUCUACGGGCUGGUGCUGUCGCGGCUGCAUCGACUCGAAAUGGAGCAUCGCACGGUGCUGGAGUUGUGGUGCCGUGGGAGUGAAGCCGCGUUUGCGUAG